UCUAGUCUUAUCUCAUUUUUAACUAUCCCGAGUGACUCCAGCGGACUCACAGCAAUGGCGAUGGCAAUGGCAACGGUGACGGCCGUAACGGAUACUUGUAGCACAUGGAAUAUGGCAUCUCUAAGUUCAGCUCUUCCUUCACUCAAUUCCACUUCUUCUAUUCGAUUUUCAUCCUUCUCUUCUUCCUCUCAACGCCGUCUCACUCUCACUCUCAACAAACAACCGCAACUACUUAUCCCAUCUUUCACCGGCCUGGCAUCAGCCAACCCUAUAACCUCCCUUGGCUUCUCCGACUGCACGAGCUUUGGAAAUUGUUUCACCAUUGUGGAUAACGGUUGUCGAGUUUCUGCCAUGAGGCAUGGACGGCGAGUUCCGAAGCUAAAUAGACCGCCGGACCAACGACGGGCGCUUUUGCGUGGCCUCACAACUCAGCUCCUGAAGCAUGGACGGAUCAAAACGACUAGAGCUAGGGCCAGUGCUAUGAGGAAGUAUGUUGAUAAAAUGAUUACGCUGGCAAAAGAUGGUUCGCUUCAUAAGAGGAGGCAGGCUUUGGGGUUUAUUUAUGAGAAGCAGAUUGUUCAUGCUUUAUUUGCGGAGGUCCAAGACAGGUAUGGUGAACGUAAUGGUGGUUAUACUAGAAUUUUUAGAACACUGCCUAGGCGAGGAGACAAUGCACCCAUGGCUUACAUUGAGCUUGUCUAGCUUUUAAUUCUGUCAUACGUAAUUAAGGCUUUAUUUGUGUCUCUGUACUAGCAAUUUGUCACUUUCGAGACUGCUGAUGAUGCUGUGAUUCGGUUCUGAUAUGUUUGUAUUUUAUUUUUUAUUGGGAUUUUGAAGCAAUAGUUAACAUAUUCGUUUUUGGACUACUAUAAUAUUCUGGAAUGGAUGAAUGUUUCAUAA